AUGUCGGAGACGGAAGACCGAAAGAAUGCACCGAAUCAAGAACCCGUCUAUAGAAAGGUGGCGAUCGUUGAAAACUUCUUCGAUAUUAUAUACACUGUUCACGUCGAAUUGGAAGGCAGACCUGGAAAACAUGCUGGUCAAAAACGGACUUAUAGAACUAUUACGGAAACGUACGCGUUUCUGCCGCGCGAGGCCGUUACGCGUUUCCUGACCGGAUGCGCUGAGUGCGCGAGGCGCCCGCGCACGCAUUCCAACUACUCUUACGAACCCAAAUUCGAUUACACGGAACUCCAGCCACUAAAGAAAGUGGACAGUCCAAAACCAACAGAUACGGAGGAUCAGGAGCCCACUUACAUAGAGCUUACAUCGAAAAAAGUAAACGGGUUUGAUGCGACGUCACUUUUAAAUAGUAGUUCAUCUGUUGAACCUGCUUUUCGGGAAGAAGAACCAGUCCGCACUGACCCUGAGAUCGAUAAAGAUGAGAAUAGCUUGAUCGACGUUGAAGAUGUGAAAGUUGACAGCCCACCAUCGCUGUUGCUACCACAGGAAAAAGAGGGCGAGGAAAAAGUAAAAGAAGAAAGCGACAAAGAAAGUACCAAGGCUGUAGAAAACUUGGAAGUGAAAGAGUCAAUCGUGGAGACAAAGAAAGAGAAAAAAUACAAUCCACUAGAUGUCGCUAAUUUGACGUCGAAAGAUCCGCCAAAAUCGAGAUCACCGCCCAGAAAGAAAUUGUUACCUUCGAGCAUAGAAUAUUCAAACUCGUACGGAAGGUAUCCAAGGCCAUGGCGGCCUGACGGUGGUCUCUACUAUGGAGAAGAUGUUGAUUACAGUGUCCCGAUUACAACUGCUUACCUUAAACAUAUGAGGAGUAUGGCGUAUCAAGAUAGCUUGGAUGGCGAAACUAAGUCUGGCACUGAAAAGAAACCUACUCCAAUAUUCUGA